CCAGGCACAGUCCAGAUUCAGGAGAGGCAGAGGAUUGUAGAAAAGAGUCGCGUGAAUGAGCUGGAAGGGCCGUGUAAGAGAGAGCUGGAUGUUGUAAGUAAGGAAGCGGUUGAGAAUCUCAGGGAAGACCUAGAGGAAAAGCAAGACAUGGUGAUGUCCCUCAUGAACGUCAUGGAUAAGAUAACUAAAGAAAACCAGCAUCUCAGAGUCAAACAGGAAGAGUUACAGGCCCAAAGACAAGAUUUAUACGUGCAACUGACGCAAACCAAAAGCCAAAUGGAGUCUCGGCAGAAAGACCUGACCACAGAGAACCAGCAUCUUAAAAGCACUCUGGAGCGAGAAGAAGCGUCUCUGUCGGCCCUGAAGGAGCAGCUGCGGUCCCUGCGGGGACAGAUACGAGAGCUGGAGGAGAGAGGGGCCGGGGCCGACUCCAUCAUGUCCGAAAACCAGCGACUGAAGGGCCACUUACAGGACGAGAAACAGAAAGUGCGCAGCUUCAUGAGCCAAAGGGAAGCGCUGAUGGCCGAAGCUCAGGUGCUGCGGAAAGAGCUCGAUAAAGAGCGCAAGGUGACCGACAAGCUCAAGGAGGAACUGGAGGAAAUAAGAAAAGAGGAGGACGUCGAGGGCAAGACGGAUCCCGAGACCGAAGAACUGCAGGCGCGACUUCAGGAGCUCGAGAACAAGCUGAAGUUCGAGCAGCAGCGCUCCGAUCUUUGGGAGAGACUGUACGUGGAGUCGAAGGAGGAGAGAGCGAAGGGCGACAGGGACGUCAAGACCAAGAUUCCCAAGGAUGGGAUGCUGGGAAAAGUGAAGGAAACCUUAGACGCUGUGAAGAACUCCACGAAGGAGUUUGUGCACCAUCACAAGGAGCAGAUCAAGAAAGCCAAAGAGGCGGUGAAGGAAAACCUCCGGAAGUUUUCCGACUCCGUUAAAUCGACGUUCAGGCAUUUUAAAGACUCGGCCUCGAAUGUCUUCAGCCAUGAAAAGAGGUUUCACGACGGCAAACCCGAGCAUCACACGUUUAAGCAGGAGCAAGGAAACAAGCGCGCCGAAGACUGGCAGCCGCAGAAACCUUUACACCGACAUCCUCGCAAAUCAACCAGCGACUCCGUUCACGCCGAUCGCAACACGCGCAAACCCGGCGCUCAGAGAGACCACAGCACCAUGGGACAGAAAACGCCACCCAAAGGCUGUUCUGGAGUGUUCGACUGCGCCUAUCAGGAGUCCAUGAGUCUGUUUAACAAGGCCAUGGAUCCCAUCCGCGCCGAUGAGUUUAACGAGCUCCUGCGCAGCUAUUUGCAGAAAGAAGUCGGACAUUUCCACCACUGGAGGGAGCUGGAGAGCUUCAUCGGUAACUUCUUCUAUAACGGCGUCUUCAUUCACGACCAGAUGCUGUUUACGGACUUUGUCAGCGGCGUUGAGGAUUACCUCGAGGAAAUAGACGAAUAUCACAGCCUCAGCGACGACGUGUUCGAGGAUCUGGACGACUACAUAUACCGCCACAUAUUUGGAGAUACCUAUCUAAAAUACUUUGGGCCGAGUCGACCCUUCAAAGGGCCGGGGUCGAAGGGCAAGGCGUGGCGUCACUGUCAGCGGCAGCAGAGGAAGCAGCAUCAGCCUCGUCCUCGUCCUCAGAGAGCCAAGAAAUGGAGCCAAUCCAACCGACAGUUCGCAGAUGUCAAAAUAGAGCUGGGUCCCAUGCCCUUCGAUCCCAAAUAUUAGAAGAAACAUUUCAGUUCUUCUUAAUAUUGCUCCUAAUUUGUUUGUUUUGUCCUGGAGAGGGUUCAAGAAAGCUUUGGUUUCACCUUUUCUCUGAUUUUUUUUGCACAGUGUAAAUGUUCUAAUGCUGGUUGAAUGAUUUCUAGCGUGUUUUUCUUUCUGCACUACGGUGCAUCCAAACGGCACUUUUUAGCAGAUUAGAAUUAAUUAUAGGUAUUUUUUUUAAAGGCACAUUUAUGUUCCCCAUUCCCUGAAUUUAUGCAAAAAGAAUUGGAAAUUAUUAUAACAAAUGUGCGAAUUAUUUUGAUUUGGAUUACUUACCAAAAAAAAAAAAAAAAAGCACUUUGUUUUGUUGCAUUUUAAUUAAUUAUGAAUGUUUCUAAACAAAAAAACUGAAAUAGAAACGUAUGUUUAAUUUUGCUUAGGCCCAAAUAACCAAUCAAAAUGCAUUAUAUUUAAAUUAUUUUCAUCUCAAAAGUUCAGUAGAUUUGGAAGAAUAAGGAAAACUUAUUAAAAAUAACUUUGAAGUAAUCUGGUUUGACCGGUUUCUGCUGUACCAGUUUUCUUGGAACAUGCAAAUCAGUAGAAGGUAUGAUUUAAGAUUUACUUUCAAUCUGCACUUGUUAGUGCACUAUUUUUCCCUCUUUUUCUUGUCUGUGUGGCUAUCGGCUAAAUUACAUUCCUUGUUUGGAAACGGCUCUAAUGUAAUUGAACACAAAUGCACUUAAACUGCUUAAUGUUGCACUUAAAGUCUAGAAUAAAAGUCUUUCACUGCUUCACUGAUGAUUGUCCUCCUGCUUUGAGCUGAAAAAGAUCGGGAUCUUACACUGGAAAAACGAA